AUGUCGAGCCGUCGUUCGUUGCUCGGAUCGGCUUUAGAUUCGUUGCCGGCUCCAACAGACCCAUUACGUGAAUUGUUUGAAGCUUGCAAAACAGGAGACGCAAAUCGAGUGAAAAAGUUGGUAAAUUCUCAAACUGUAAACGCAAGAGAUACUGCAGGACGCAAAUCUACGCCUCUUCACUUUGCUGCAGGUUAUGGUCGCCGUGAAGUAGUUGAGAUCCUUAUAGCUGGUGGUGCAGCGCUUCAAGCUCGCGAUGAAGGUGGUCUGCAGCCAUUACACAAUGCAUGUUCCUUUGGUCAUGCUGAUGUUGUCAGGGCAUUACUGUCUGCAGGAGCUCCACCAGCAGCUAGGGAUAAUUGGGGCUACACACCCUUACAUGAGGCUGCUGCUAAAGGGAAGGUUGACGUCUGUAUUGCAUUACUUCAACAUGGAGCUGAUCCCAACAUACGAAAUACAGAAGGGAAGACACCGCUUGACCUAUCCGAUUCUGUAGCGAGGCCAGUGCUCACAGGUGAAUACUGCGCUUCCGACGUGCUGGAAGCAGCCAGGUCAGGCGCAGAUGACCGUCUGGCGUCACUACUAACCCCACUAAACGUAAACGUACAUGCUAGUGAUGGAAGGAGAUCCACUGCCUUACAUUUAGCAGCCGGCUACAACAGGGCAAGGGCGGUGAGGCUGCUUCUCCAGAGAGGAGCAGAUGUUCACGCCAAGGAUAAAGGCGGUCUCGUGCCCCUGCACAACGCAUGUUCCUAUGGACAUUAUGAAGUGACGGAAUUGUUGGUGCGAGCUGGUGCUGAUGUGAACGCGACUGAUCUCUGGGCCUUUACACCUUUGCAUGAAGCUGCUAGCAAGGCGAGGUUGGAGGUCUGCUCGCUACUACUUAGCGAAGGUGCAGAUCCGACAUUACUGAACUGCCAUGGAAAAUCAGCUUUAGAUGUUGCACCAACGAGAGAACUUCGGGAUCGACUCGCCUUUGAAUAUCGUGGCUACUGUUUAUUGGAGGCGUGUCGGCUAGCUGAACCAACUAGAGUGAAGAAACAUUUGUCAGUAACGAACUCACAGGACGUCCAAUCGGUCAGCGGUCAAUCUAUAGCGGGUUCGAUCCCAAAUGAAAGAAUAACUGAAUUAGUUAACUUUCAACACCUUAGUACAGGUGAUCGGCCCCUUCACUGUGUGGCUGGUAGUGUUUAUCCGAAACGAAAACAGGUUAUAGAGACCCUUCUACGCAAAGGCGCACGUGUCAACGAAAAGAACAACGCGGGACAAAGUGCCUUGCACGUAGCCACCGAACACUCGCAUUUAGACGCCAUGGAUCUCUUGUUACGACAUGGUGCGAAGGUUAAUGCAUGUGAUGGUCGUGGAGAAAGUGCUUUGUCGUUGGCGGCGCGAAGAGAUUCGGCUGCCGCUUGUCGGUUACUGUUAGCAUGUGGGGCGGAUACUCUGGACUCGCAACAUACACAGCAUGAUGCAUGCUCAAACGCGGCCGCUCUUCGGCUUCUAGAAGCAGCUAGAACGGGUGAUGUAGAAACUGCUAGAACUAUAUUGGAUUCUCGGCCGCGAUUGGUGAAUUGUCGUGAUGUUGAUGGGAGGCAUUCAACACCAUUGCAUUUUGCUGCUGGAUACAACAGACUGCCACUAGCACAGCUUCUUCUGCAAAGAGGUGCUGAUGUUCACGCUAAGGAUAAAGGCGGUCUAGUGCCCCUACACAACGCCUGCUCGUACGGCCACUUUGAAGUGACAGAACUGUUGGUGUCGGCUGGGGCUGGGGUCAACGCGGCCGAUCUGUGGCGUUUCACACCCUUGCACGAGGCUUCUGCUAAGGGCAAGGCGGACAUCGUCAGGCUGCUUUUGAAGCAUGGAGCUGACCCAACGCGUAGGAAUCGCGAUGGUUUAACCCCACUCCAGUUGGUGCGAGCUGGUGAUAGUGAUACGGCUGAUGCACUGCGGGGUGAUGCGGCGUUGUUGGACGCGGCUAAGAGGGGAGACCUCGCCAGAGCUAGAAAACUAAUAACUGCCCAAAACGUCAAUUGCCGUGACGCGCAUGGAAGGAAUUCUACGCCACUUCAUCUCGCAGCCGGCUAUAACAACCUGGAAGUAGCAGAAGCCCUUUUAGAAGCGGGGGCAGCUGUAUCAGCCAGAGACAAAGGGGGGCUGGUGCCGCUUCAUAAUGCAGCAUCGUACGGGCAUUUAGAAGUCGCAGCGUUGUUAUUACGAGCCGGAACGCCCCCCAAUUCUGCUGAUCGGUGGGGCUUUACCCCCCUUCAUGAAGCUGCUCAUAAAGCCAGGACCCAAUUGUGCUCUUUGUUGCUAGCUCAUGGGGCAGAUCCCUUCCUGAAGAACCAAGAGGGACAGACAGCCCUGGAACUAGCAGGAGCAGACGACGUACGGUCCCUACUGUCAGAUGCAAUGACGGGAGCGGCUGGCGGUUCUUCCGAAACGGAGGCUGUGUCCGUCCCCACAGCCUCGCUCUUACCCCCACCACAGCUGCCGGUGCUCUUGCCCAGUGGGGAUACAGUGCCACUUCCGCUACCGGUAAUGGCAAGCAAUUACUGGUCGGAGGGAUCAAGAGGAAGCUUGGAAGACGCAGCAGGUAGACCUGCAUCAGCCCUCUCCACUUCUGAAUCUCUGCAAACGUUUCUUACUAGCAUCGGUCUAGAGCAGUUGGCGACGGUGUUGGAAAGAGAACAGAUCACGGUGGACAUUCUCUCGGAAAUGUCUCAUGAGGAUCUCCGGGCGAUAGGCGUGGCUGCCUACGGGCACAGACACAGAUUGAUGAAGGCAGCCAGGCACAGUCUCCAAUCGCACUCCGAAUGGUACGGUGGUACGACCCUCGUGGAUGUGGCAUGUAGCGCCGGGGAAUGUGGGGACAGUGAAUAUGUGAUAAUAGAGAGAGAGAUGCAGGCCUCGGUGCGAGCUCAUCGUGAUCACGCCGGUGGACACUUCACCAGAUACAACGUUGUUAGGAUACAAAAAAUUGUGAACGGCCGCCUUUGGGAGCGUUACGCGCGUAGACGCAGCGAGAAGGGAUUUGAUGAACGACACGCUUAUAUUGGUGGAAUGUUCGGCGCUGGAAUAUACUUUGCCGAACAUUCGUCGAAGAGUAAUCAGUAUGUUUAUGGCUUCGGCGGUGGAUCCGGCUGUCCGGCCCACAAGGACCGGAGCUGCUAUCUCUGUCAUAGACAAAUGCUGCUUUGCCGUGUAACAUUGGGGCGGGGCUUUCAACUGGCCACUGCGAUGAAGAUGGCCCACGCCCCGCCGGGGCAUCAUAGCGUUGCCGGCCGUCCCACUACCGGGGGCCUGUGUUACCCCGAGUACGUUGUUUAUAGAGGGGAACAGGCGUACCCCGAAUACCUUAUAACGUAUCAAAUAGUCUGCGAAGAGGAGCCACAAGGUGACGUAUAG